CCGGAAGCUCUCCAUGCUUUUGGCGCGGUGGUGACGGUGGAGUCCGCCAUCUUGAAAUCACUGUUUAAGUCAAGCUUCAGGGAGACUUCGCGGGUAGGCUUCUCAUUUAAAAACAGUGCAUCUCCAGUGGACUCUUUUGUGUCUCAUUUACACAGAGACUGUACUCGAUUGUUUUUUCCAUUCGCUCACUGAGCGGGGACGCAAACUAAGCCUAGUAACAAGAACCGUUAUGGCGACUUCUACCCCAAGCCGUGAAGCUGGCCGGCCGGCGGCCUCUACACCUCUAUCCCCCACCAGGAUCUCCCGACUACAGGAGAAACAGGAUCUGCAGCACCUGAACGAUAGACUGGCCGUUUAUAUCGACCGGGUGCGAUCCUUGGAGCUGGAGAAUGACCGGCUGAUGGUCAAAGUGUCUGAGAAGGAGGAGGUGACUACUAGAGAGGUGACGGGCCUCAAGUCUCUGUAUGAGGCAGAGUUAGCUGAUGCUCGGAGAGUUUUGGACGACACUGCAAAAGAUAGAGCCAGGCUUCAGAUAGAGCUUGGAAAAGCUCAGGCUGAUCUAGAAGAAGCAACACGCAGUGCCAAGAAGAAGGAUAGUGAUCUUGCGGCAGCCUUGUCCAGGGCCAGUGGUUUGGAAGGCCAGCUGAACAAAAGUGAAGCAGCUCUUUCCUCUGCUUCAGCUCAGAAUUCUUCUCUGUCUUCUGAGCUGGCUGAUGUCAAGAGCUUGCUGGCUAAGGCAGAGGACAGCCAUGCUGUUGCCAAACGCCAGCUGGAGGCAGAGACUCUGAUGCGUGUCGACUUGGAAAACCGCUGCCAGUCACUGAGUGAAGACCUGGAGUUCAGGAAGAGCAUGUUUGAAGAGGAAGUGCGUGAGUCACGGAGGCGACAGGAGCAGAGGAUAGUCGAGGUGGACUCCGGUGUCAGACAGGACUAUGACUUCAAACUGGCACAAGCUUUACAGGACCUAAGGAAGCAACAUGAUGAGCAAGUAUCUAUAUAUAAGGAUGAACUGGAGCAUACCUUCCAGGCUAAGUUGGAUAAUGCAAAGGUGUCCUCCGAGAUAAACGACAAGGCAAUGAGCACAGCCAGGGAGGAGAUGCAGGAGUCCCGCAUGAGAAUAGAAAGUCUUGGAUAUCAGCUGAAUGCACUGCAAAAGCAGCUGGCCACCUCAGAGGAUCGUAUCAGAGAGCUAGAGGAAAUUCUUUCAGCAGAGCGGGAAAAGCAUCGCCGCACCAUUGAAGGAAAAGAACAAGAAAUGAGUGAAUUGAGAGAGAGGAUGAACGCUCAGCUCAGUGAAUAUCAGGAACUACUGGACGUGAAGCUCGCCCUGGACAUGGAGAUAAACGCAUACAGGAAACUGCUGGAGGGAGAGGAGCACAGACUGAAGCUGUCCCCAACCCCCUCAGCUCGAGUCACUGUUACAAGGAUGACAGGGUCUUCCUCCUCUCGCUCUUCCAAGAGGAAGAGAGUGGACGUGGAUGCUCAGGAUGUGUCAGAAGGGGAAAUGGGAGAGGGGCAGCUGCUGGUAUCAGAGGAGGCCACAGCAAGUGGGGCAGUUACCAUAUCACCAACUGACAUGGAUGGAAAUGCAGUCACACUAAUCAAUGAUACUGAGCAGGACCAGCCUUUGGGAAACUGGAGGCUAAAGAGACAGGUCGACGACAGUGACGAGAUCGUCUACAAGUUCUCCCCGAAGUAUGUCCUCAAGGCUGGACAGACAGUCACGGUAUGGUCUGCUGAUGCUGGCGUGGCCCACAGUCCUCCAUCUGACUUGUUGUGGAAGAGCCAGGCUUCCUGGGGCACAGGAAACGACAUGGUCACCGCUUUAGUUAAUGCUGAUGGCGAGGAGGUGGCCAGCAGGAGUGUAACCAAAACUCAGGUGGAGGUAGAGAACGGCGAGGAAGAAGAGGAAGUGGCACAAAGAGGCAAGGUGUCAUCCAGAGAAUGUGCCAUCAUGUAAAACCUUCCAACUGAUGAACAGUUUGACUUCUCCAUUAUAUUCUUUUACUCUUGAGCUACUCAGAUAUGAUCAUGUCCAUUGCCUCAUCAUAUGAUGUUUUAUCCUUCAAGACAAUACAAGACUUUUUAGACUCUUUAUAACUGCCUCCUAAAUAAUGGAAUCUGUUUAAUGAGUUAUUUAUCUUAACAUCUCCACAUCUUUCCAAUCAUCUGUGAAUAAACAAAGAUGAUGGAUCCAAAUAUUCAGUCAAACUGGGGUAUUGUAGGUGAAUAGACAGUACUAGUACAUGUCAAUGAUUUAUUCUAAGGCUGUCAUUUUUUGCUCCUUUAGAAACCCUAUGAUUUCAUCCCUCGGCCAUAGUAGAACACAAGUGUAAUGUAUUGCACAGAAAUCAACUAAAACAGCAUAUUAUUUGAGUCAAAGGACAUUAGCUAUGUUCAUAACGCAUGUUAUUUUUAACAGUUGUUGAAUAAUGAAGGACAGCUCUUGAUUAGUUUUGAGUGUUUUUGUUUUCUUUCUCUAAAAAGACCAAGGUCUUAAGACACAUCCAAUCAAUAACAUCUAAUUGUCUGUUAUCUAGAUAGAUUAAGUCUAACUGCACAUGUAUCUCUGAUUUGUAUUUUUUUUUAUAUAAUCCUUUCAAAGAUCUGCAAAUGCUUUUCAAAUAACAGGCUGAUAGAAGUUACCGGUUCUUUUGCGUUGAUUUGUGUUUGGAAAACUGACUCCUCUGAUCCAAGGAACAAAUCCACUAUUCAUUUUCAGCGAACUAGCAAGUAUUGGACUUUAUAGCUCAGGCCACUAAAAAUAAUCUCCAAACCUUUGGGCUCACUAGGGCAAUAGAUGAUCUUUUGUUAGACUUCUUCAAACGUUCCUCAGAGAGGAAUUCCCAAUGCUGUCCUUCCUUCUUUGACUCCUUUGAAGAUGGCAAAGUAUAGUAUGAUAGUUUAUCAUGUUUAAGUUUUCCUUUCUUGAUUCGCAUGGGGCCUUUUGUGAUGUUAUCAUCAAGGUCUUUGUGCAAGCUGAAAUCUUCAGCUAAGUAUUACCUGUACUCUUCUUGAGAAACACUCCAGGUUUAUUUUGACUGACAACCUCUGAUGUCUGAUAUCACUGAUUUGGUAAAGGUGAAAAUCGGACAGUUUUGCUGCCUUUUAUUUGGACUGUAGAGCAAAGGGAAUGCUCUUAGUCAUGUGAAAACAAAGCUGUGUACUCUGAAUCUUUCAGAAAUGUUUUAAAAUUCUGAAUAAUGGAGCACCCAUUACUACUAUUGAAUUAGAGGAAGAAGUUGUAAGCCAGAGGCAGUGGCCAGUUAAUAAUCAAUACUUUUCAAAAAUGUGAUGCAGAAAGACCCCAAGGCAUAUCAAACCUGAUGUCUACUCACUGCAUUUCAAGUAUAACCACUUCACUCUUAUAGUGAAGAAGAGUUGAGACCUAAAGUCUUACUUUAAAUUUACUUUAUGGGUAGAAGUUGGACUUUGAGUUUCUGGCCAGAUCAGAGGCAGGAAUCUCGUACAAAAAAAUAAUGAAAUAAACAACCACACUGCAGAGAGGAGGUUUUGCUUUCAUUGAUUAGAAAUGACCCGGUGAAAGCUGUCUUACACUCCUCUGUAUGAACCAAAUUAUGGCAAGUUUGUGAAUGUAUCGAAAUAUUUCUUCAUAGAUGUGAUUUCUGAUGUUAAACUUCUGAACAGUGACAAAGCUUUUCCCAUUGGUUUAUAAUAAUAAGGACUGGCCCACAUGGACCAUUUGUGCUUGUUUCCCAGUGCAAAGCAGCAUUUCUGCUCCAAAAACAAACAACUGGUUGAAUUGGCUGACGUGUGGGUUUGAUGUUUUAAUCCUUGCCAGGGUUGCUAGAAUUUUGUCAUCAAGAAAAGCCAUUUGACUGGCUGUCCAUCUGAAAAACAAAAUUAGGUAACUGUGAACAGCGACAGCAACACUCGAUAGUUGUAUAAUUAAUUUUCUGAUGGAUGACAUUUCCUGGAAGUCUUUAUCACAUUUUUAUACAAGUGUUGUGCUCAGCUUGGUAGGCCAAACUACCUUUUCUUGUGUGUUUUUAUGCUGUGCUUUCAACUGCUAGUUAUUUUUCUAUAGCAUUUUGUCUAUGUAAUCAAUUUGUCUAAAUGAGAAACUACAUUUAUUAUUUUUUAUUUAGGUUUUAUGGUUGAUAAAAGUCGGGUUUAGUCAACCUUAACAGAAGGCUUAAACUAUUUGGGGAUUACAUUUAUUUUCAGGUCUGAUAAAGAAAAAAAAAAUAUUCCAGUAGUUUGCUACUGAGAGUUCAAAAUCUUCACUUUGUGAAUGCAUGAUCUGAAAUCUUUGUCUUCUGAGUUUCAUUUUGGGAUGAAAAAUCCCCGAUACCCAUUAUAGAUAAGUGACCAACAUUAGGUGAUGUAUUGCGGUGUUAAACUAUCUGACUUGUCUGAUCUGACUCCUCUUUGAAAUAUGUGGAACAGAAAAAUUACCAUGGUAAUACAGCUGCUCCAGGAUUUGGUCAACCUUUAAUUCAACCACUUCAACUAAUAAAAUAUCCUUGAACAAUUUUAAGAGCCUUUUUAAAAGAAAAAAGGCUUCCUGCAAAAUUCAACAAGGCUUUCUUGGACCUAAAUGUGGAUGUUAACUGCCUUUUGUUUCAUAUUAGUAUGCAAUAAUAUCAGGUUUUUUUGUUUUUAACUUUCCCUUUGGAGAUUGUUAAAUAACUUGACUAUGAAAAGCCCUGUUACAAUGUAAGUGUGACUGUUACAGUUCAGUGGAGAACUUCAAAUCUCCAGUUUCAACCAAUGGUGUAGGAGAUUGGUGGUCAGUUUUAAUUCUUUUUACUGUUGAGCUACUUUUUGUACACACAAUAAAUGUUUUACAUAUACACACU